GAUGUGAGAUCCCGAGAGAGAACGGGGCAACCAUUUAGAAAAGAAGGGAAAUCAGCCACAGGGAAUCCCGCCAUGGUCAGGCAUGGCUUUGAAAAGGCAUUCUUUCACCUAGCUGUCACCGAGGAAUCCACGGAUGUUGCCCGUAGCGCAACUGUAGAUGUGUGCGUGCAGAGACUUCUGCAGAUCUCGAGUCUGAACAAGUAAACCCUGGAUUAAAGGGACCGAUAUAUUUUGGGGAAAUAUGGUGUAAAGUACUGCACUCACAUGCACGCCACUGGGCUUCACCUAUCUCUCACGCGAGCCAGAGAACAGCGCUAUGCGGCAGCGGACAGCGCGCGACAGCAGAGGCACAGGCGUUUGUGGUUCGUCCAAAGCAAGAUCUGCAAGUUAAGCUUCCAGUGCAGAUGUCUUGGAGUAAAUAAGCUGUCUGCUUGGAGUUUCUUCACUUUUCUGCACAGCGAGUAUGCUACCAAAAGAACAACACAGUGAAGGCAAGGCAGACAAAACCCCCUGCUAUGAAAACAAAGUGAAGUCAAUGGAGAAGGAAAAGGAGGGGGUUGUGUACGUGGACCCACCAGAUGGCGGUUGGGGUUGGAUGGUGGUUCUGCAUUGUUUCCUGGUGAAUGUGUUGGUAAUGGGCACGCUGAAGAGCUUCGGGAUCUUCUUUGUGGCACUGCAGGAUGAGUUUGGAAGCUCGUCUGAGAGCAUCAGCUGGAUUGGAUCUAUUAUGUCAAGCCUCAGGCUCUCCGGAGGUCCGUUGGCUUCAGUGGCCUGUGCCAAGCUGGGCAACAGGGUUACCUCUCUACUGGGGGCAGUUCUCGUCAGCACCGGCUUUCUCAUCAGCAUAUUUGCUAACAGCGUGUUGUACCUUUACAUUAGCAUGGGGCUGAUUGUAGGUCUUGGGUUUGCUCUUCUUUAUCAGGCCACAUCUGUUGUAAUAGUGAUUUAUUUCCGAAAGAGGCUGGCAACUGCAUAUUCUAUUGGACGCUCUGGCAUGGGUCUGACCUUUGCCCUUGCUCCUUUCACUCAGCUGCUUUUGGAUCAGUAUGCUUGGCAGGGAGCUCUGUUGAUUUUGGGUGGUCUGAUGCUGAACCUCGUGGCCUCUGGGAUGCUUCUGCGGCCCAUUAAUAUUAGACCUGCAGGCUCUCCCACCUUAAACUCCAGCCUUCAUAAAGGCUCUCCUGGAACUGACAAAGACCCUCUUAAGAACAGCUUGAAUGGCGACACACCUGUGUCCAAUGGCAUCUCCAAAAUGGACAGCACACCCUCCAUUCAGAGGGAUAACCUUAUCAUAGGGAACCUAGCACAUGGGCAGAACAUUCCUCCACAUUUGGAACUAACCAAACCCAUCCAGAAUGGGGUAAAUGGAACAGAUAGCAGCCAAAUUAACUCAUUCCCUGAGAUGAACUGGGUUUCUCCUGUGGAUACUUUACUUGAGAAGACCAGAACAGAAAAUCUCCCUGUAAAUCCCCAAAAAGUGUUUGACUUCUCACUGUUGAAGAACCCUUUCUUUUGCAUAUACACCUGGUCAGUGAUCUUCAGUCAGCUGGCCUAUUUUAUUCCUUACUUCCAUUUGUCUGCAAGGGCCCGGAACUUGGGCAUCGACCCAAUGGAUGCUUCCUUCAUUAUCUCUGUGGCUGGUAUAACAGAGACAGUGGCCCAGCUUGCAUCUGGCUGGGUGACUGACAGGAAUCUGAUUCACAAAUAUCAUUACCAUAAGGCCUACCUCAUCCUGUGCGGUGUUGUUAAUCUUCUGUCCCCUUUGGCCACUUCCUACAUCUUGCUCAUGGUCUACGCUGUCUUCUUUGCCAUCUUCUGUGGGGGGUACAUGGCCCUCAUACUUCCUGUGCUGGUGGACUUAGUGGGUUCUGAAAAGCUGAACAACUCGAUGGGGUUCUCCAUGUUCUUUGUGGGGCUUGGUUGUCUAACAGGUCCUCCUCUGGCAGGCUUCCUGUAUGACUACACUCAGACCUACGACUGCUCCUUCUAUCUAGCAGGUGUGUGUUACCUGUUAUCAUCAGUUUCUCUUUUCCUGGAGCCUGUGGCGAGACGCUGGCAAGCCAGAAAGAAACAACUAGAGACUCUGAAUGAAGAGUUGAUUUCGAGUAAUGGCUGUUUCUGCCCAGUACCUCAGAGAAAUGGUGUCGUGUAAGAAAAGGAAUGAACUCUAAGCCAUCUCAGUUUCCACCACCCUCCGAGGACUGAACGGAAAAGGACCGGACAUUAACUUUUUGCUGGACCACAGCAUGGCAAAAAAAUUUAUUAUGUUAAUUUGAAUGCAGAGAUUUCUUUAUGACCAACACUAUAUUAAAGGUAUAGUUCACCCACAAAUAAAAAUUAUCUCAUUUACUCCUCAUGUCAUCUCAGAUAUGUAUGACUUUCUUUGAUCGACAGAACACAAAGAAGAGUUUUAGAAGAAUAUUUUGGCUCUGUAGAUCCACACAAUUUAAGUAAAUGGUGAACAAAACUUUGAAGCUCCAAAAAACACAAAGGCAGCAUUAAUCUAAUACAUAUUAUUUUAUCCAUGUCUUCUGAAGCAAUUCAAUCAGUUUUGGGUGAGAACAGGCUGAAAUGUAACUCCUUUUUCCCUAUAAAUCUUGACAUCAGCAGUCUCCUUGGCCAUCAUGAUUUCAAGCUUGAUUGCACUUCCUAGCGCCAUCUAGUGCUCUGAGAUUGCAGAUGUAAGAUUUAUAGUGAAAAAGGAGUUUCAUUUUGGUCUGUUCUCACCCAAAACCAAUUGGAUCGCUUCAGAAGACAUGGAUUAAACCACUGGAGUUUUAUGGAUGACUUUUAUGCUGCCUUUAUGUGCUUUUGGAGCUUCACGUUUUUGGUCAUCAUUCACUUGCACCAUUUCGCUGUCGAUCUAUAGAGCCAAGAUAUUCUUCUAAAAAAAUGUUUUGUGUGUUGAGCUGACGAAAGAAAGUCAUGCACAUCUGGGAUGGCAUGUGGGUGAAUUUAAAUUUUGGGCUUUAAUGCUUGAUGAUACUAAAGUGCAGUACGAUUAAAAUAAUUUUUUUACAUAUACAUUAAAUUGACUUCUCAUGUCAAAGCACAAUAUUAAGCAUCCCUCACAGCCACUCAUCGAUCUUUCUUCAGAAAAAUAUUCAGAUACUUCCACUGUGAUGAUGGUAUAUCCCAGACCACCAAGAUAUUAAGCCAUGGCCAUAAUAAAAAAAAUAUGAAUGUCUUUGCAUUAUGUAACGAUAUAAAACCUUAAAAUAUAAAAAGUUGUGCUUACUUUAAAAGAAAUAUAGCACAAACAUAACUUUGCAUUUCAUAAAAAAAAAAAAAAAAAAAAAAUAUUUCAAAUUUUCAAUCAAUAUAAAUGUAUUGCUCAAAAUGAAAAAAGUAUUUGGACACUUUCUGGAUGUCAAAUAUUAUUUUCACCUGUGUGAACUUAGGGGGAGCUGACAUAAUACAUCCACUAAAAUCACAUUGGGACCAGUUAACUGUUGAAAUGAUUCAUAAAAUUUGGUUCUAAGAAAAGAACUAGCUUUUAGAUGCCAUUUGGUUUGAUAUUGUGUUAUCCAUUGCAAAGAAAUGCAUACAUUUAUAAUGUAAGGAGAAAAUUGAAUGUGUUCUUUUACAAAAAAUAUAUUUUGUCAAAUGGUAGUUCUAUGCAAUAAGCCCAUAAAGAUGGCUGCAGGGCUGUCACAUGAGGGUGCUUCCUGUCCAUAUUUAAUGCCUAUAUAUUAACUGUUCAUUUUGAGGUGUGGUAAAAUGACUGACAGCAAAAUGGACAAACGUGUAUUGAUGGAUAAAAGUUUGUUUUUGUCAUUAGUGCCUCAAUUUUUCUUGCUGGUGCCAAAUCAGUCAUACUGUUGUUCACUACUGACAACAACCAAGACAUUUGCAGCUGCAUUCAGAUUUGGUGAAUAAAUUCUGAAAUUAAUUGGCCAAGAGUUGCAAAAAUUAGGUCAGUUAACUUGUGGGUUCACAUGUUGUGUACCUGUACUAAAGGCCCUGAUGGUGACAGUUUAUAUGGGGAGUUUUCUUUAUAUAGUUUCCUAUAUUUCUGUCAGUUUUAUUUUUACAUUUUAGUUCAACUCAAUAUCCUACAGUGCAGCUACUGUAUGUUUAUCACCACUAUUUGCCUUUAAACACAAUGAUCUACUAUCCUGUAAUGAGAGCCAAAGAUGCAACAGAGAUAUCGGUCUAAUUAAUGAAUCUAUGCAUUAUUGCAUUUGAGCGUGUAGACAAAUACACUAGUUUAAGUUCACACGUUGCAGUUCUGCCUGGUAGUGAGGUUCUACGUUAGCUACUGCUCUCUAGUGGCACAAUGUACUGCCAUUGGAAUGCUGUACCAAUUAACACUGUCAUUUUCCAGUUCUGGAAUAUCCAGUUCGUUCCUUUCAUCAGAACAUUUGUAAUGAAAAUCAGUUUUUUUUCUUCUUCUUUUUUUUCUAAUGAGAGUGAGCAAAACACGCACAAAUGCAACAAUUUAACAAAAUGGAAAACAUUCUUGGAAAGCUUCUAAAAGAAACAUCACAAAGAAUAAGGCAUGCUCUGGGCACUGAAAUAAUUUUAUACUAAAUUGUUUUCAAGAUUUGUGAUGCAUCCAGAAAGCUUUUCAUUCUUAUCACUUUUGAUUUAUCAAUAAAGACAGGGUUCUUUGGAGAAAUGUUUUAGAAGUAAACUUGUAUUUCAGUAAUUUUGUAAAGUCAAAUGUUUGUAAACUCAAAAGACGGCCUUAAGUCAAUUAAGGGGACAUAAUAACAUCCUCUUAAAGUCAAUGAAAGAGAUCACACCAGCUAUACUGUACUGUUAUCUAAUUUAAUAGUUGAUGUUUUUACUUUUGUUGAAGGUUUUGGAUUAUUUUUGUUGACAACUCUCAGACUUGUCAAGUUUUUCCACAACUGCAAUUAAAGCCAGCAGUGUAUUUGAAAGCCAUCCUGUAAAGCUUUUUUAAAUUCCUAGAUGUUCUCUUGGCUAUAAAGGGCAAAGUAUGAGAACACCAUGUCUAUCUCUAUUACACCAUGUCUGAACUCCAUUAAUUAUCUUAAGUGCUGAAAGAAACUUAUGUACUGACAAGUUGGGAUUACUUGUGUGUAUGUUGUAAUUCUAAAGCACAUUCAUUCAUAAUGAUAACUAUUCAUAAUUUUAUCAGAAUAUUACACAAAGUCAAAGUGGUGUAAAAAUAUAUCUUUAUUGAGGAGCAUAUAGCAUAUACAUACAUCAAUAGUUUUUAAUGCAACAUUCCAAAUAUAUAAAUAUAUGUCAUUACACUAGUAUUAAUAUUAACCUACUCAAUUCUAGCAAUAUAAUAGCAUAGCUUAAAAAUUAAAAUAGCUGGUACUUACAGAAUGUGAGCUGUGAUGAGGCCUGACACUCUUCACUCUUUUCAUGCUUAAUUACUGAUGAAUGGAUAACCAUAAUGCAACAUGUUCUGUGGACAUAUGAAAGAAAAUCAUAUGCAAAAUGUGUAGAGAAAUCAUAAAAUGUAAUCUCAUGUAGGUAUCACAACAACUUCUGACAAAAUCAUUGUUGUGUGAAAGUGUAAUAACUGCAUGCAUGCUUUUUCCGACUCUAGUAAUCAAAGGCAUGAGAGCAGAGGCUUAUAAACAAUAUCAAAUUGUCUAACAGAUAUAUAUGAAAAUGACCAACUGUGCUUUUAACACUCAGCAGGACACUCAAAUCUGUCAUCCUGGAAAUUACUCACAUGAGGACAUCUGUUGAUAAAAUAGAAUAUAUGCAGAAUAUGAGAGUGAUGUUUCUUGCUAUGGUGGGGGUUGGUGUUAAAAUUAAAAAUAUAGUUCAACCAAAAAUGUUUUAGAAGAAUAUCUCAGUGAAUGGUGAUAAACAGAUCAAUAUUUAAGUCCUUUUUUAAACCAUAAAUCUCCACUUUCUAAAUGUAAAAGUGAAAGUGGAGAUUUGUAGUAAUAAAAAAAAUACUAAUAUUGAUCUGUUUCUCACCCGCACUCAUAUAAUUUCUGAAGAUAUGGUUUAAACCACUGGAGUCUUAUGGACUACUUUUAUGCUGCCUUUAUGUGAUUUUUGGAGCUUCAAAGGUCUGGUCGCCAUUCACUUGCAUUGUAAGGACCAACAGAGCUGAGAUAUUCUUCUAAAAAACUUAAUUUGUGUUCUGAAUAAAUCAAGUCAAAGUUAUUUCGGAUGGCAUAAGGUUGAGUAAAUGGAGUUUUCAUUUUUGGGUGUACUAUCCCUUAAAUAACUCUAAAAGACAAAGAUAGGUAACCUUUAUCAUCAACUGAGUCCAAGUGACAGAUAAAGGUUGAAUGGGUCUUAUGGCUCUUCUCCAUAAUAUUACUCUUCUUCAUAAUAGUUAGAAAAAUUAACAGUGCAGGAAUAAUAUUUUCAGAAUGAACUCUUUUAAGAGGAACUUCUGACUGUUACAAUAAGUAGUAGUCUUAGUAAAAUCUGAGGGCAGAAAGCCUCUUGUGAAACCUGAAUUAGCUUACAGAAAUCAUGUGGUAGCUUAUGCUCAGGUUGUGUGAGAACUAAGCUCCAACUAGGAACAAUGAGCUAAUGUUUUGGACUGUCGGACUUAAUGUGGUCUUUUCAUUACUUUGAGAAGUGGGUAGGGGACAGUGCCUGGGCUACACAAAGAGAUUAUGUAAAUGAAGCCAGGGGAGGGGUUACAGUGUUACCGUGGAGACCUACAGUUACCAAGUUACCAGGCUCAUUCCAUAGCAUCUGAGAACAAGCCAGUCAGUCAGCACUGUGGUGCUAAAAGAGAUACAAGAGAAAAUAUUAGACUACAGCUGGGUGCCAUGUUCAGUGCUGGGAGAGAACUGAUUAUUUGCAUCAGUGCUAGAAUUUUUUGUCAAAACAAAAAAAGAAGUAUACUUUUAUAGAAAAUUAUUAAAAUUACAUGCAUAAACAGAUAAUUAUGAAAUGUCUUGCUUUUAAUGUUUGCUAUGGUGCACAAACCUUUUUGCAGAGAGAAAACUGAUCUGCCAGUUUCCUCAAACCUUUGGUCAAUAAAAGAGUUGUGCUGAAUGGAUGUACUGCAUACAUCAUAUAUUUCCUUAAAAUCUAAACUAAUUGCAAAAAUAAACCAAAGAUAUUUGUCAGAUUAUUUGGGAAAGACAACCUCAUUUACUACUACACUGUUCAGAAGAAAACAAAAUGCAAUGAAACUGAACAUUGACUGAGCUGAACAUAGUAAUACAGUAGCAGAAUUUUUAUUUUUGGUGAACCUCACACUGCUCAGUUUGCUCAGUUUGAGUGUACUCCUCCUGCUACAGGAGACCAAACAUUAACAUCCCUGUAAUUGUGAUUGUGCCCCGAUUAUGUCCUUAGUACUCAAAUAAUCCCCCCCCACUACAACAAUAAUACAGCACAGGAGAAAGUCUGAGCUGAAGACACUGCAUUAUAAAUUUUAAUGUAAAAAUUAGCUUAAUUUCAAUAUUAGGAGUCUAAGGCUAAUUACAAGGCUUAAAGGCUAAAUGUCAGUUGUCAAUUUAUAAAGCACGAUUAAAAACAGACUGUAGACCAAUGUGCUGUACAAUAAUAAAUGAUAAAACACUGUAUAAGGAUAAUACCAGUGAACAUACAACAAUAAUACUUGUAAAAUACUAAUAAUUAACUAAACUCUGUUGGACCAACAGCUUUCAGAAGAGUUUUUAGCUGUGAUUUAAAAAUGUAUGAAGGAGCAUUUCUUAUGUACAAGGGUAAGCUGUUCCAGAGUUUUGGGGCAGCUACUGCAAAAGCCCGGUCACCCUUUUGCUUUAACCAGGGAAUAAUCAAAGUUCUCUGUUCAGAGGACCUAAGAGACCUUGUGGGAUGAUGUAGCUGCAGUAGAUUAGAAAGGUAAGAUGGGUCUAAACCAUUCAGUGGUUUAAAAACAAAUAAUACGAGCUUAAAAUCGAUUCUGAAGCGCACCGCCAGCAAAUCGAGAGAGACCAAGAUGGGGAGAUAUGAUCUUGCUUGAGUGUACCCGCCAGGAGCCUAAGCAGCAGCAUUCUGAACCAUUUGCAGACGAGACAAUGAUUAUUGACUGACUCCUACAUAAAGAGAAUGUCAGCUUUGUUAAUUUUGAAUUGUAUGUACAGGUCUACACUCAAAACUAGUUUUAAGAUUUACGCAUUUCAAUAAAAAAAAUAAAAA